AUGGUGACCAACCUGCCCAACGCCCCUGCCGAGCCCACUGGCAUCACUGCACUGCUGUUUGCCGAAUCGCGUGCCAGGAAGGCUGAAUACAAAAACAUCAUGCGCGGGAGGCAGAACUGCACGGUUGCCGCCACUUUGGCUGCCAUAGCGAAGGAAGACAAUCGCCCUGAGCGUUCCAAGAAACGUCGGAGAAUUCGCUCCGCUGCCGCUGCUUAUUAUCCAGAAUUGCCAGCUUCCGAGACCGAUAGUGAACCUGACAAUUCUGGGGAGGAGUUAGAAGUGCCAACACUACAAGAAGAUUCUGCGAUCUUGCGACAAGCACUGCCGACGAGGAGCGCAGGGAAACGGCAAGCCAGUGCCGAACACGCUUUGAGCAAUCGAACCAAACGUCAAUCGCGACGCUCUCGAGACGGCGAGUGCCCGUUUGCCAGCGAUGCCGAACCCGAAUUUUCUGUGCCUGCGAACGCCUCUUCGGGGUAUCGUGCCAGGAAAUACCCCAUGGCAAUACUGCUGCCUAUCCAAGAUGGUCGUAACGUCGUCAUACGCAACGGCAUUCCUGCCCAACUUACAACACUGCUUCGUGACGAAGUCAACAAAUGGCUCACGGACGACUUCUCUAUCGCAAUCUGGAAUGAUGCCGACCAUGGAGGGAACUACGUUUGCAUGCUCACCGCGAGCGAGGGCUUUGUCGGCUCCCAUCAUCUCCCGAAGGAUCAUGGGGCGUUCAGAGCGUGCCGAACUUGCUCUACAAGCAUCGAGGACGGCGGGUUAGCUGCCCCAAGGCCUUGCAUCAUGCUACGCGCAGAUGCGAAGGGGGAGUACAUACUGUUCCUGCCCUUGCCAGAUGAUCUGCGAAUGGGAAAGGGGUGGAAGGAGAGGGGUUUCUGGGUGAAUGAGACGCCAAGAGCUCCUCCGCCCCUGCUCGAUGUUUUGCGCGCGCGAGGUAGUCGCAAUGUACGCCUCAAGCGUGGCAGUAUAAUCGGGUUGCCCACCGGAGGCUCCGACAUAGGCUGA